AUGGCUGACAGCAUCCCGUUAAAUCCGGUGCGGAAGAACUCGAAGAGAAUCCCGUAUUACAACUCAGCCAGACUUUCAAGAUACUCUUUAGAAGAUGAGCCCUCCAACCUGGAUGAAAUGCCUCUCAUGAUGUCUGAAGAAGGCUUUGAGAACGAUGAGAGCGACUACCAGACGCUGCCCCGGGCCAGGGUCAACCAGAGACAGAGAGGCCUCGGCUGGUUCCUCCUUGGAGGGUGGAAAGUUCUCUGUGGCAGCUGCUGUGAUUGCCUGGCCCAUAUAUGUCGGAGGAAGAAGGAGCUGAAGGCCAGGACGGUUUGGCUUGGCUGUCCGGAGAAAUGUGAAGAGAAGUACCCCAAAAACGCCAUCAAAAACCAGAAGUACAACAUCUUCACCUUUGUGCCUGGGGUUCUCUACCAGCAGUUCAAGUUCUUCCUCAAUCUCUACUUUCUGGUGGUGGCCUGUUCCCAGUUUGUGCCGUCACUGAAGAUCGGAUAUUUGUACACGUACUGGGCACCUCUGGGUUUUGUCUUAGCCGUUACAAUGGUGCGAGAGGCUGUGGACGAAGUGCGACGAUUCCAACGGGACAAAGAGAUGAACUCUCAACUCUACAGCAAGCUCACAGUGAGAGGUAAAAUUCAAGUGAAGAGUUCAGACAUACAAGUUGGGGACUUGAUCAUCGUUGACAAGAACCAAAGGAUUCCUGCAGACAUGAUAUUCCUAAGAACGUCAGAGAAAAAUGGUGCCUGUUUCAUCAGAACAGACCAGCUGGAUGGAGAAACAGACUGGAAACUGAAGGUUGCUGUUGGAUGCACACAGCGACUACCAGCAGUGGGGGAUCUCUUCUCCAUCAGCGCCUAUGUCUACGCCCAGAAGCCUCAGCUGGACAUCCACAGUUUCGAGGGGAACUUCACAAGGGAAGACACAGAUCCACAGAUCCACGAGAGUCUGUCUAUUGAAAACACUCUGUGGGCCAGCACAGUCGUUGCAUCUGGCACAGUGAUAGGGGUGGUGAUCUACACAGGCAAAGAGACCAGAAGCGUACUGAACACGUCCUACGCCAAGAACAAGGUUGGCUUACUGGACCUAGAGCUGAACCGCCUCACAAAGGCCCUGUUCCUGGCCCAGGUGGUUCUGUCCGUUGUCAUGGUGGCGCUUCAGGGGUUUGUGGGUCCUUGGUUCCGCAACCUUUUCCGUUUUGUCGUGCUUUUCUCUUACAUCAUCCCCAUCAGUUUGCGUGUAAACCUGGACAUGGGAAAGUCAGCCUAUGGCUGGAUGAUCAUGAAAGACGAAAACAUCCCCGGCACUGUUGUGAGAACCAGCACCAUUCCAGAAGAACUGGGCCGGCUAGUCUAUCUGCUGACUGAUAAGACGGGGACUCUGACACAGAACGAAAUGGUCUUCAAGCGGCUGCACCUGGGAACAGUAUCUUAUGGCACUGACACCAUGGAUGAGAUACAGAGCCACAUAAUCCAGUCAUAUGCACAGGUGACCUCCCAGCCCUCCACCGGCAGCGCUAGUGGCUCCACUCCAUCGCGGAAGACCCAGCCGUCUGGCCCGAAAGUCCGUAAGAGCGUCAGCAGUCGCAUCCACGAGGCUGUGAAGGCGAUUGCCUUGUGCCACAAUGUCACGCCCGUCUACGAAUCACAUGCCAUUGUGAAUGGAGAGACGGAGUCUGCCGAAGCUGACCAGGACUUCAGUGAUGACAAUCGCACCUACCAGGCCUCCAGCCCUGAUGAGGUUGAGCUGGUGCGGUGGACAGAGAGUGUUGGCCUGACCCUGGUGAACAGAGACCUGAACUCACUGCAGCUGAAGACUCCUUCUGGACAGAUUCUCUCCUUCCACAUCCUGCAGAUCUUCCCCUUCACCUCCGAGAGCAAAAGGAUGGGCAUCAUCGUGAGGGAGGAGUCCACAGGUGACAUAACUUUCUACAUGAAGGGUGCUGAUGUUGCCAUGGCGAGCAUCGUCCAGUAUAACGACUGGUUGGAAGAAGAGUGUGGGAACAUGGCCAGAGAAGGCCUGAGGACACUGGUGGUGGCCAAGAAGUCUCUUUCUGAGGAGCAGUAUCAGGACUUUGAGAGCCGCUACAACCAGGCGAAGCUGAGCAUCCAUGACCGAGGCCUGAAGGUUGCAGCAGUGGUAGAGAGCUUAGAGAGGGAGAUGGAGCUUCUGUGCCUGACUGGUGUAGAAGACCAGCUACAAGCAGACGUCAGGCCCACACUGGAGCUGCUCAGGAACGCUGGCAUCAAGAUCUGGAUGCUGACAGGGGACAAGCUUGAGACAGCUACAUGCAUCGCGAAAAGCUCCCACUUAGUCUCCAGAAACCAGGACAUUCAUGUUUUCAGACCGGUCUCAAGCAGAGGAGAGGCCCAUCUGGAGCUCAACGCCUUCAGAAGGAAACAUGACUGUGCUCUGGUCAUCUCUGGAGACUCCUUAGAGGUGUGCUUGCGGUAUUACGAGCAUGAGUUUGUAGAGCUGGCAUGUCAGUGUCCGGCGGUGGUCUGUUGUCGCUGCUCCCCAACUCAGAAGGCCCAGAUAGUCAUGCUCCUCCAGCAGCACACAGCCAACAGAACCUGUGCCAUAGGUGAUGGAGGAAAUGAUGUCAGUAUGAUCCAGGCUGCAGACUGUGGUAUUGGGAUUGAAGGAAAGGAGGGGAAGCAGGCGUCUCUGGCUGCAGACUUCUCCAUCACUCAGUUUAAGCACAUCGGUCGUCUGCUCAUGGUUCACGGCAGGAACAGCUACAAGCGCUCUGCAGCGUUGGGUCAGUUUGUCAUGCACAGAGGCAUGAUCAUCUCCACCAUGCAGGCUGUCUUCUCUUCUGUAUUUUACUUUGCCUCUGUGCCAUUGUACCAGGGUUUCCUCAUGGUUGGCUAUGCCACCAUCUACACCAUGUUCCCAGUGUUCUCUUUGGUUCUGGACCAAGAUGUGAAGCCAGAGAUGGCUCUUCUCUACCCAGAGCUGUAUAAAGACCUCACCAAGGGGCGUUCAUUAUCUUUCAAGACUUUCCUCAUCUGGGUUUUGAUCAGUGUGUAUCAGGGUGGCAUCCUCAUGUACGGCGCGCUGGUGCUGUUUGAGUCAGAGUUUGUGCACGUGGUCGCCAUCUCCUUCACAGCACUCAUCCUGACCGAGCUGCUGAUGGUGGCGCUGACGAUUCGCACCUGGCACUGGCUCAUGGUGGUGGCCGAGUUCUUCAGCCUGGGCUGCUACCUGGCCUCGCUCGCCUUCCUCAACGAAUACUUUGGCAUAGGCAGGGUGUCCUUUGGAGCUUUCCUUGACUUGUCGUUCAUCACGACUUGGCCUUUCCUGUGGAAGGUGUCUGCCAUCACGCUGGUCAGCUGUCUUCCUCUCUACAUAAUCAAAUACCUGAAGCGCAAGUUUUCCCCACCGAGCUACUCCAAACUAUCCUCAUGAGCCAAACUUGGAUUACUCGUGUUUGUUUCGUAGUUUUCGUGCUUCUCUGAGCUUUGUUUUUUCAGCACUUUUUCCUUACUCACUGAUCCUCAGUGACGGACAGGUAAGAAACCACUGGAACAAUCGAAAAUGUUCUUUGGAUUAUGUCACUGAGAUUUUGGAUUACUUGAAAAAAAAACGGAGCACAUAAGAAAAAAGACUAAAAGGACAGAGUCACCAAAAGAAGGGCAAAAUGGUGUAAGUGACUGCACUUCAAACUUGACUCAAAAAGGGUCAAUCUGCCUUCUUUUGUUUUUAAGCAUUUACAACAAAUCAGCUUCAAAUGUCAUUUUAUACAGUUCUGAUGCAUUUCUUUAAAUGUUUAAAUUUUUAUAUGUGGAGUUCAGAAUUUUUUUAAGUGUUAUUUUUUAUUCCAGGUAUUAAUUACAGUCGCUGGCCUGCAUCUUUCAACAGUGUUGAGUUGCUGUAAGGGAUUUAAAAAAUUAAAAAAAAGAUCUUUUAUUUUAAUGUUUUUGUAUGUUACUGUAAAUAAAGCCUUUACAUGCAGCUUUGAUCACUGCUGCUGUCAAUGUGAAACCUCACUGCAUUUAAAGAGACAGUUCACCCCAAAAUACAUUUUUUUAAAAAAAAAUGCACAUUUUCCCCUCUUACCUCUUACCUGCUCUUUAUUAAUCCAUAUUGUUUUGGUGAGGGCUGCAGAGUGUUGCAGAUAUCAGCCGUAGAGAUGUCUGCCUUCUCUCCAAAAUAAUAGAACUAGAUGGCACUCAGCUUGUGGUGCUCUUAGUGUCAAAACAAUACAUAUAAAAAACUCAACAGUGAUGUCUCUUUCCAGAAAUAAUGACCUGGUUACUUAAGAUAAAACACAGACCUUGUUGUGAGCAGUUUCUUGUAGGAACUAUUUUCUUUCUACCAAACUA